AUGGAAACAGGCAACGAAACUUUGGAUUCGGAGGACGGAAAAGAAGACGAAACAACUGACAAUUUGGUUGAAGGUGUUAUUCAGGAUGUGUCGACUGAAGGAGUGGAAGAAACAGUUGGAGAAGUACUGUUCAAAUGUCGGCAACUAAUUACAAUGAUAAGAAAAUCAACGAUGUUAACAGCGUUUGUAAAUGCUACACGUGCUGAAAUUAAUCAAGCGAAAACCAAUAAAAUAACUCGAAAUCUAUCGCUUGAUGUUCGUAACAGGUGGAAUUCUAUCUGCUAUUUACUAGAAACGUUGAUGAUGUUCGGUGACAUACUGAAUGCUUUAUUCAGAGCGAAAACUACAUAUGAUAUAACCACAAGAAAACGAGAAAAACUUACUACGUGUGCACAAUGA